CCUGCCCCGCGCGCGAUGGCGGCGCCCGCGCUGUGCCGGCGCUGCGGGGGCCGGGCGGGGCGCUGGGGCCUGCGCCGGGCCCCGCUCCCGCCGCCGCCGCCCCGCCGCCGGGCCCACGAGCAGGCGAGGCGGGCGCGGGGCGCGGCGGGGCUGCUGGCGGCGCAGUGCGAGCGCGGGCUGUUCCAGGAGGUGUUCCCGGCGCAAAGCGCGGAGGAGCAGCUGCCGGCGCUGCUGGAGCCGGGCCGCCCGCCGCUGGCCGCCUACUGCGGGUUCGACCCCACGGCGGACUCGCUGCACGUGGGGCACCUGCUGCCCGUCAUGGCGCUGCUGCACUUCCAGCGCGCGGGCCACGACGUCAUCGCCGUGGUGGGCGGGGCCACGGCGCGGCUCGGGGACCCCAGCGGGCGGGAGCGCGCGCGGGAGCCGCUGCCGGCGGGGCGGGUGCGCGCGCAGGCGCGGGCGCUGCGCGCGGGGCUGGAGCGGCUGUUCGGGAACCACCGGGAGCUGUUCUGGGAGCCCGGGGCCGGGCGGCUCGGCCGCGCCGCGCUGCUGGACAACGCCCGCUGGCUCGGCCGGGAGCCGCUGCUCCGCUUCCUCGGCGGCGCGGCCGGGCGCCUCCGCAUGGGCACGCUGCUGAGCCGGCAGAGCUGCCAGGCGCGGCUGCGCAGCGCCGAGGGCAUGAGCCUGGCCGAAUUCCUGUACCCUGCGCUGCAGGCCUACGACUUCCUGCACCUCCACCGGCACCACGGCUGCCGCAUCCAGCUGGGGGGCCACGACCAGAUGGGAAACAUCAUGUCCGGAUACGAGCUCGUCACCAAGAUGACAGGAACAGAUGUGUUUGGAAUUACUGUACCUCUUAUUACGAGUACUACUGGCGAUAAACUGGGAAAGACUGCUGGAAAUGCAGUUUGGCUGAACAGGGAUAAGACCUCUCCAUUUGAGCUGUAUCAGUUUUUUGUCAGACAGGAAGAUAAUGUAGUUGAAAAAUACCUGAAACUAUUCACCUUCCUUCCUCUUGAGGAGAUUGCCCACAUCAUGGAAAUGCAUGCUAAAGAACCUGAGAAAUGGGGCCCUCAGAAACGACUGGCUGCAGAAGUAACUAAGCUUGUCCAUGGUAGAGAGGGGCUGGAAUCUGCUAAGAGGUGCACUAAGGCCCUUUAUUACAGCAGUGUGGAGGCACUGGAAGAAAUGUCUGACCAAGAGUUACAGGAACUUUUCAGACAAACUGCUUCUGCUGAAUUGAUGCUUGAACCUGGGAUGACUGUUCUUGACUUGUGCCGCAAAGCAAAUGCCAUUCCAGAUGGACCUAGUGGGUACAGAAAAAUUACAGAUGGAGGAGUUUCAAUAAAUGGGAAUCGUGUAACGAAUCCUGAGACUGUUCUUAUUCUGGGACAGCAUAUUCUGAAGAAUGGAGUAUCAUUACUUAGGGUUGGAAAGAAAAAUUAUUACAUUAUAAAAUGGCUGCAGUUGUGACAACGGAGUAUCUCCCUAAAAUGACAGAUCAGUUUAACUCUGCUGCUUGAAGAUGUACUUGAAGAUGUUUCUGUACUGUGCAUUACUACACAGCUCACAGACCACCCAGUAUCAGUUUCCUUUUCAAAAGAGUUCAACAGAGUUCAAAUAAAGGAGCUGAGUUGUACCACUGAAGAGAUUGACACUCUGCCUUAUUCAAAGCACCAGUCAUAAGGAUCUGCACAAGAAAAUGAAAAGAUUAAUUUCAAAGUCCAGCAAUGGAGAUGUGCAUCCCCUCCUUUAACAGCCUUCUGUGCUGUAGGAAAACAGUGGCCAGUUAUUCCACAGGAUAACUCACAGAAAAAUGAGCCAAAGCAAACUCAGACCCACUCCUUACAGCCAAUAUGUACUCAUGUAACCAAGAAACCUUGCUAGGGACAAAGACAGCCAUGGUCAUCUGUCUCUGAACAGGUUUGUUUUAAAUGAAGCUGCAGAAAAUUUAUAAUAAAGGACUAAAUGAUUAAACAUGUAA